GUAUUUCCACCACAGUAUUUCCUAAUUCAUUUCUUAUUGGAUUCGAUCACUAAAAAUCCGGAAGAUGUUACACAUACUGCUUAUACAAAAAUCCUUACCAUCACUUCACCAAAGGACUUCGCAAAAAUCGAAGAAGCGUACGACAUCAUUGCCAAUAUGACUAACCAGUGCAUUGAGGUAGUUAUUGCAACCAUUACACAAUCACUGCAUAUGGCUGAUUGCUUUUAUGUUUCGCUUAAAAAACAUCAAUUGAUCAAACAACUGCGCGUGGUGAAUAGCUAUACCAAUAUCGGUGAUGAACAGAUAUUUUUUCGUACAACAGAUUCCUAA